CAUUUUGGGGGUAUCUAUAUAAUACAAUACCGCAAAGGUUCCGUUUCAUAUCACCAUAAACUUAUUUUAUGAUAUAUUUACCAUUUUAUACCAAAUCCUAGCAAUUUAACAGAAUAACAGUUAAAAUGGCAGAGAAACAACCGCAAUUGAUUUUGACAUAUCAAUUUGCAACCCUUAAAAUAGAACAUAAAGUUGUCCAUGAGAAUGGCGGCGUGUAUGAGAAGUUGUAUGUUUGGUUUAUUAUUUUACUGAAUUCAAGAAUAUUGAACAGAUCUAAUUAGUUCUCGACUUCGGAAUUAGAAAUUUAAAAGGUAACAAAAUGGAUGACAUGCUCGAUUUUGAUCCUGACCAACUGGAUGAUUCUGACUAUGAAUUACUACAACAGUAUUUACAAGGGGAGUAUAGUCCAGAACUAGCAGAACUUUUGGAAUCAUAUGGUGGUUUUGAUGAUGACAGUGAUGUGUAUGAGCGUAUACCUAUAAGAAAUCUGUAUGAGAAUUGUGUUAUACCAACAGCAAGUCAAGCUAUGUCUCAUGUUAUUCCUCUAUUUAUGUUUUGUUUAUCUUUUAGAAUCCUCUGUCUCUUAGCACAUACAGUAUUCAAAGAUUGUGCAUCACCAUUAAAGUUUUUACAUUUUGUGAGUUGUGUGUUUGGACUGAUGAUAUUGUAUCGAUUCUUUGAAAUGGCAUUAGUUUAUAUCAUAGCCUGUUUAAUUACUACUUACAUCAUAGUGCUAUUAACAUCCCAGUUUUCACGACCACAAGUGGGAAUAUUUGUAUCUGUUUUUAUUGCAUCCUAUAUUUUAAUGUGUGAACUUAUAAUUGUUGAUGGAAAGAUCUGGCAUAGUAUGAGAGGUGCCCAAAUGAUAUUAUCAAUGAAACUUAUAUCCUUGGGUUUUGACUGGUCAUCAGGAGCUAUAGAAAGAUUACCCAGUAUAUUAGAAUUUAGUGGUUAUUCUUUACAUGUGGGAUCUGUGAUAUUUGGUCCAUGGUUUAGUUAUAAAGAUUAUAUAUCUGGUUUACAAGAAAAUAAACCAUUGUGUAAAUGGUGGAUUAUAAAAGUUUUAUUUAGUUGUAGUUUAGCUGUACUGUGUUUAAUUUAUUCUACAUGUUUUACUUCCUGGUUAAUUAUACAUGGUUCAUUUAGUUGGUUAUUAGCAUAUAGAGAUGCCCAGUCAUUUCGCUUCAGUCAUUAUUUUGUAUGUUUUCUAUCAGAGGCUACCCAUGUAUUAUCAGGAUUUGGUUAUACACAGACAGCUGAUUUCGUUAAAUGGGAUUAUUCUGUUGUAAGACCAGAUAAAAUAGAAAUACCUCAUUCACUUGUAGAAGUUGUAACUAAUUGGAAUCUACCCAUGCAUACCUGGUUAAAAACAUAUGUAUUUAAAACAGCUAGACCUCUUGGUAAUUUUGUGGCUGUCUUGUUAACUUAUGGUGCUAGUUCUUUAUUACAUGGUCUAAAUUUCCAGCUAGCUGCAGUUUUAUUGUCUCUAGGCUUUUAUUCUUAUAUUGAAUUCAUGUUAAGAUUAAAGCUAGCCAGUAGUUUUGAUGCCUGUAUUUUAGCUAAAAGAUGUAAAGAAAAAUGUGAUCACAAAUAUCAAAUAAUGAAUCCUUUCGUAAUGCUGACGAAUUUAUCUUUUGUUUUAUUAUCAAUGUUUCAUCUGGCUUAUCUUGGUUUAAUGUUUGAUAAUAGCGCAGAUGAGGAAAUGGGUUAUACUAUGUCCCACACUCUUAGUAAAUGGUCACAAUUAAAUUAUGCCAGUCAUUGGGCGGCUGUGGGAACAUUUCUGUUUUAUAUUGUGAUCUGAUUUGAAGAUACUGAUAAUAUUAAGAUCCACUGAUCAUUUCAAAUAGAGAAAUAAUUUAAAGAUAAGGUAAUGAAUUGAAGAUAAAGUGAAGAUAAAGUGAUAAUUUGAUGAUAAAGUGAUGAUUUGAUGAUAAAAGUGAUGAUAAAGUGAUGAUUUGGUGAUAAAAGUGAUGAUUUGAUGAUAAAAGUCAUGAUAAAGUGAUGAAUUGAUGAUAAAAGUCAUGAUAAAGUGAUGAUUGGAAUACAAACCAAUGAGUUGAAGAUAAACUGAUGUUUAAAAAAUAAACUGAUGUGUUGAAGAUAAAGUAAUAAUUUGAAAUUUGAAAACAAAACAAUAUUGAUUAUUUGAAAACAAACUCAUGUGUUAAAGAUCAAGUGAUAAUUUGAAACAAACUCAUACCAUGAAAAUAAAUGGAUGUGUUCAAGAUAAUUUUAGUGAAUGAUGCAUCUCAUAGUUUAGAAAGUAUUAUGAUAAAAAAAAACAACAUGGCAGGAAAACUGCACAAUAGAAAAACACAACACAAAAAUAUAACACUGAUUCCAAAGGAUGUAACGAAUGCCAGUGUUAACAAUCUAUUAAUUAAUAUAUGUUUUUUGAAAUGAUACUAAAUAAACAUGUUAUACCACAGCAGUUUUAAUUUUCAGAAAUUCAUAAUAAAUGCACUCUAUGCAAGGUCUUUCAAUACAUCAUUAUAUUCUAUCUAUUUGUGCAAUCGAAUCUCAUUUUGUAUGUGAAAUCCAAUCUACAAAUUGUAACUAGGGCUGCCUCCAUUAAUUCUGAUUUAAAACAUCAUGCCAGGAUUAUCAUAUUUAAAUUCUGGAUAUUAAAAACAAUAUUUUGAUUUCACAUUAAGAGAUCAUGUGUUUCUAUGCAUCCAUUGCUUAGUUAUGGUAUGGUUGCAGUUCUAUAUUACAUGAGUUUUUUAUACGCCCACAUUUUCAUGUGGACGUAUAUUGUCGUCGCCCCUGUUUGUCCGUCCGUCCACAAUUUGUUUGUGGACACUCUACAGGUCACAAUUUUUAUUCAAUUUCAACGAAACUUGAAAUAUAGCUUUAUCUCCCUAAGAUCUCAGUUCCUUUCGGUAUUGGCAUGUAUCAGACCAUAACUUCCUGAAUUAUGGCCCCUGAUUGUACGAAAAAUCACGUUUUUAGCUUGUGGACCCUAUAGAAGUCAUUAUUAUAUCACCAUUACACCCUAAGGACGACUGAGUUCAAAUUUCGUGAAAAUCGGCCCAAAAUUGACAGAUAAAAUGGCCGCCCUUCGUUCUCAAAUAGCGUAAAAAUAUGGUAUACAUCAAGGUUGUGAACCCUAUAGAGGUCACAAUUUUAAUCCUAUUUUGAUGAAACUUGAAAUAUAAGUUUAUAACCCAAAGAUCUCGGUUCCUUUCGAUAUUCGCACAUAUCGGACUGUAACUUCCUGAAAUAUGGCCCCUGAUUGUAUGAAUAAUCGCGUUUUUAGCUUGUGGACCCUAUAGAGGUCAUAAUUUUUAUCCGAUUUAAAAAAAAACGUAUUAUACACCCUAAGGACGGCUGAGUUCGAAUUUCGUGAAAAUCGGCCCAAAAUUGAAAGACAAAAUGGCCACCGUUCGUUCUCAAAUAGCGUAAAAAUAGGGUAUAUCAAGGUUGUGGGACCCUAUAGAAGUCACAAUUUUUAUCCGAUUUUGUUGAAACUUGAAAUGUAAGUUUAUAACACAAAGAUCUCGAUUCCUUUCGAUAUUUGCACAUAUCGAAUUGUAAUUUCCUGAAUUAUGACCCUUGUUUGUAGGAAAAAUCACUUUCUUCUUAGCUUGUUCUCUAUCCAUCUUUCGAAAUUGUGGGCGUAUCUUGCCUGGCAGCCGCUGGUUUUUAUUUAUUUCAUGUUUUAUAUAUAUAUUGAUUUUAUAUAUGUACCAGUAGUAAAUAUAGCUUUAUAUACAUAUACCCGUUAUAUUAUUCUUUUUAUCUAUUAAAGAUGAAGGUUUUUUUUUCUGGCUUCAAAUAUUUAUUAACAAGACAAGCCCAUAAUCAACUUACUGGGUCGUCGGAUGGCUCUGAUAUUAAGUAGAUUAGAACACUGUGGCCAUAAAAUAGAUAGUCAUUUUUCAUUAUAGCAUUAUUUUUGAACUAUUAUAGCAAGAACGGU